AUGGGGCUGAUGGAGGGAGAGGAAGGCCAUGGAGACGGGUACAGCGCAGGGCCCUACUAUGGUCACAUGACCGUGUCAACUGAACUAUACCCUGCCAAUAGUCGCAUGGUGAUGUCGCCCGAUGUCUAUCCUCCCAAUGGCUACCUGCCCAGAUCAUCAAAUGACCAGCAUCCAGGUAACAACUACCUGCCCAGCGUCUCUUACAGCUUAGAUCACCUGGACAGACUGGACUACCAGGGUCCAGAAAUGUUGCCCUACCAGCCUAACUCGGAGAGCUGUCUCAUUGGGUGCUACAACACUGAAGAGAUGGAGCCCAAGAAUUUCCCCACACAGUCCGACUAUCCUCCUCCUUGGAGAUCCGAUCGUCCCCUAGGAUACCUUCCCCUAAGUGAGCUGGACAGUGGGCUGGGCUGCGGCCCCGAUAGCCCACACCACCGGGUGGCACUCUCCGAGGCCGAGACAGACGCCAUGUCAUCGCUGCCAGGCCACACCCCUUCCUCCCAAGGAUCCUCCUCUUCCUCCGAGUCCCUGAUCUCCUCUGAACCCAGCGACUCGGGUUUCCACAGCGUCAGCACCGGGGAGCACAGACGGCUGCACAAGAUUCACGGAAGCCAUGGCCAUCGGCAAGCUCAUCAUCUCCGCUCAGGCCACUCCCCUCGAGAGCAGAGAGGACGUUGGGAUUUGGAGUCCAUCCCCGAGACAAUUCCGAUGACUCACCCUGGAGCACCACAGGCUUCCCGCUGCACUGUGGGUAAUAGCACGACCACAACAGUUCACUUCCACAGAGCUGAGAGGAGUCCCACCUUACCUCGCCACCGCUCGCCGCCCUCCCCCUCCAUCGGCUGUCGUACUGAGCCCUGCCAGCGGAGGGCACUAUGGUUGGAGCAGCAGCAGGGAGGAGCUGGGACGAUAGAAGCUCCAGGGCGGAGUCAAACAAUAACAGAUUUGAGUGAAGGACAGCGCCGCCGCAGGGCCAGUCACCCCAACAUGACAGAUCCAAACACUCUGAGAAACAAACCCCAGAGCAGCCAGCCAGGUACACCCAGCAACACGUUGGGGCCGAGGAGCAGGGCCAGUUAUCCCAGUAACAGUCAUCCCACCAAUCACCUCAGCAUAGACAGAACCAGUCUGACCAAUCAUCAUAACAUGUGGAGAAACAGCCAAGGCACCAAUCGGAGCAGGGAGGAGGACUCCCUCUCUAAGAGUCCUGGAUCUGGCUCCAGUGGAGCAUCGGACUGGCGUGGCUUUCAGACUCUAGGGAAUCGCACCGGCGACCUUAAAGGAUCCUCUGUUCCUUUUUACAGCACGCUGGCUGCCCCACAACGGAGCCCUCACUCUCCACCCUCUCCCCGCUCCAGACUGUCCAAUCAGAAGUCAGUCAGGAAUCAGCUGCUCAGAGCCCGAGCUUACCGAUUGGCCAGGGAGCGCAGUGAGGUCACAACAGAUGAAGAGGUUCGAGGAGAAGGGGAGAGAGAAGGGGAAGAGGAAGGAGAGGACGGCCGUUUGGCGGGGCGAUACUGGAGCCGGACUGAAAGGAGACGUCACCUGGCACUGUCACGGCAACACAGAGAGAGGAGGGGAGGAGGGGAGGAGCAGGCCGGGGGAGUUCAGGGGUCGAUGUCGUCUCAGACGGUGCUGGAGCUGAGCCACAUGAAGCAGAACCGACUGAGGAACAGCAAGCUGCUCGAUGACUGGACAACAGUGGAGGAGCUGCUGACUCAUGGGACACGGGUGGAGAGCGACAGUCAGCUCUGCCCAAGCCCUCUGUUAUCUGUUACUACCGUCUGAUAGGAGAACCUCUCACAAACAAUCCUACCAUCAGUUACUGCUGAUCGAUUGAAUCCCCCAAUCUAUCACCCAGGCCCAGAUUCAUUAAAGGAUUCUGUAGUGAAAAGUGUAAACUUCUACUAAAAUGACCAAAUCAGGUUAGUAACAGUAACUCCUGAAAUUGUGCUGAUCCAUGGUAAUGAAUCUAUCUAUUAUUAUGAACACAUUUGUAAGCAAAGGUACGUAUAUAUCAAGGAUGGACCUAAUUUGCAACAUUUAGCAGCACAGCACUCAGUAAUUAUUGCAGUAAAUCAGGGAUUUUUCGAAGAGAAGCGUAGAGACAAAGCGAUGGGUUUAACCACGCAAAACAUUGGCUGCCACAGUGAAAAGAAACAUGUAGGGGACACGGAGAGGGAUCCUAAGUCCGCCAGGCUUGGAAGGGUGGUUUUAUUGCUAAAGGUGUUAAUCUCAUAGUCUCAUUUAGACUUCGGACAUCCUCUUAUUUACUUUCGGUCAUCCAACACCAUGGGCGCGCUUCAUGGACAUUGUGAAUCAAACAUGCUGAGUGAUAAAAAGAGUCUCUCGCUGAGUAGCUGAAUACACCUUGGUGAUUAGUUUACGAGCUCAAUGACAGGUUUCUUGCUAGGUUAGCUAGUGGUAGCGGGUAAUGCUGCAUUCACUGCAUGUCGUUUCAGCCUUAAUUCUGAGCAGCAGUGUAGUAAAAAACACCAGUCAGCC